GUAAAGUUCACAACAUCUAUGGUAUUCUUGCUGGUUUGUGCAUACUAGAAGAAAAAGACGAAGAAUUCAAUCUUCUAAUGAAAUAGAAUGCAAGAAACAGUGAAAAAUUCUGAAGAUCACAGGGAAAUGGCGGAUACAAUACCAACAGAAAGGUCUAACCACAAUAAUAGUGCAAAUGACGAAGAGAAGGAUCUUAGUUGGGAAGAUAGGCAUUACAUACCAAAGCGGGCAGAUGCUCGCAGAAGCGCUGAGGGUCGCCAGACCGCUGAUUCGGGCAUGGAUCCAAAGUUAGCUCUUCAAAAAUUGAUGAAUACCCGUACAGGUGGAACUUACGUACCUCCUGCAAAAUUAAAAGCACUGCAGGCUCAAAUUACAGAUAAAAACUCUCAAGAAUACCAAAGAUUACAAUGGGAAGGACUAAAGAAAUCAAUUAACGGACUUGUUAACAAAGUGAACAAAUCAAAUAUCAAGGAAAUUAUUCCUGAUUUAUUUCAAGUAAAUCUAAUCAGAGGACGCGCUUUGUAUUGUCGAAGUAUUAUGAAAGCACAAGCGGUUUCGCUCCCAUUUACUCCGGUUUAUGCUGCAAUGACGGCCGUAAUAAACACAAAACUCCCGCAAGUCGGAGAGCUUCUGUUAACAAGACUUAUUGUUCAAUUUCGAAAAUCUUUCCGCAGAAAUGAUAAAACUAUGUGUCUGAGCUCAACAAACUUUAUUGCCCAUCUGAUCAAUCACAAGAUAGCUCAUGAAAUUGUUGGCCUACAGAUUCUUGCUGUACUUUUGGAAAGACCUACCGGUGAUUCUAUAGAAGUUGCAGCAGGGUUUCUUCGAGAAGUUGGUGCUUACCUCUCUGACAUUUCUUCUAGGGCUUUCAAUGGUAUAUUUGAAAGACUUCGUACGAUCUUACAUGAAAAUCGACUUGAACCUCGAAUUCAAUUUAUUAUUGAAGUAUUAUUUCAAGCAAGAAAGGACAAAUUUAAAGACAAUCCGACUAUACCCAGUGAGCUUGAUUUAGUUGAAGAAGAGGAUCAAAUUACUCAUUUCAUUAGUUUGGAUGAUGAAUUGGAUGUUCAGGAAUCCUUGGGAAUCUUCCAUUUCGAUCAAGAUUUUGAAGAAAAUGAGUCCAGAUAUGAUUUCAUUAAACGUGAGAUUUUAGGAGAAGAUGAAGAAUCCGAAGAAGAAGGUGGUGACGAAGAAUCUAUAGAAAGUAGUGAAGAUUCUGAAGAAGAUGAACCUGCUGGACAGGUACAAGAUAAAAUUGUUGACAAAACAAAUACAAAUAUCGUAAACCUAAGAAAGUCAAUUUAUCUUACGAUCAUGUCUUCUGUCGAUUUUGAGGAAUGUUGCCAUAAGCUAUUAAAGGUACAGUUACCGGAAGGCCAGGAAAUAGAGAUGUGCAACAUGAUCAUUGAAUGUAAUAGUCAAGAGAGGACUUAUGAAAAAUUCUAUGGGUUGAUCGGCGAACGUUUUUGCAAACUUAAUCGAAAUUGGCGCUCAACAUUCGAACAGACUUUUAAAAAUUACUAUACUACCAUUCACAGAUAUGAAACAAAUCGCUUGCGAAAUAUUGCUCUGUUUUUUGGAAAUCUUUUGAGCACCAAUUCCAUUUCAUGGUCGGUGUUUGAGAAUGUCCGAUUAACUGAAGAUGAUACAACCGCGUCCUCUCGUAUUUUUUUAAAAAUUUUGUUUCAAGAACUUUUGGAAGCUAUUGGUUUAAAAACGUUGGUUAACAAAUUUCAUGACCCAGAAUUAGUACCUUAUCUGCAUGGUGUAUUUCCAACGGACGAACCUCAAAAUGUUCGGUUUUCGAUUAAUUAUUUUACUUCUAUUGGCUUAGGAGCAUUAACCGAAGAAAUGAGGGAAUACUUGUUGACAAUGCCAACGCCAAAACCCGAUGAUGUAUCUGAUUCUGAGAGCUACACAUCUAGGUCUUCGUAUUCACGGUCUUCUUCGCCGUAUACAUCGGACUAUUCUCGUAGCAGAUCUUCUUCUCGUUCUUUAAGCCCUCCAAGAUCUAGAGGACGUUCAUAUUCUCCUUCUCUCGGCGAGUUAAGUCCUGAUAGAUCACGAGAUGAUGAUAAGCGUGGAAGAAGUGGAUAUCCUCAUACAGACAGAAGCCGCUCUUAUUCAAGGUCUUCGUAUUCCAGUUACGGAAGGUCCAGGACCAGAUCACAAAGCAGAUCACCUUCGUACGAUUAUAGACGAGAGAGGUCGCUCUCCCGAUCAUUGAAUAGAAGACCAUAUCGUCUGUCUAAUCGUUACAGGAGACAUGCACCUAGGAGAUCACGUUCCAGAUCGAUAAGUCCGAUCAGUGAAAGAAGUUACUCGCGUUCACCUAGUAGAGGAAGGUCUUAUUCUCGUUCAAUUUCCCCCCGUGGAGACACUUAUUCUUCGCGUCGGCGUUACCGUUCAAGAUCUAUUUCUUAUUCCCCUUCUCCUCCGAGAUAUAGACGGAAUCGUUCAUUUUCGCCUUCUCCUCACCGAAGAACAAAACGGGCUAGGGACUCGAAUUACAAUCAAAGGUCUUACAGAGAAAGAAGUGAAAGAAGUAGAUCGCCAUCACCGUUCACUCUUAGGAAAAUGAAAACCAGUGAGAUCCAAACUGAAAGGAAUGGCAGAAAUUCGCACAUGGGUAGAUCUUCAAGGAAUGAUAAUGGUAAACUAGAAGCUCCUUGGCUACAGCAUUCAGUUGAAGACAGCAGGCACUAACGCAAAACAAAAGUUUUUGUAAAUAAUGUUUAUUCCUUAAUAUUUUAUUAUAUAUGAUAUUAUAUAGAAAGUCAUUUCAACAGCCCUUUUUGAUACUCAACUAAUAUAUAAGCUCCACUGAUUUAUCACACAAAAAGAAUAAAUAUAAUAUAAAAAUAUGAGCGGAAAGUAAUAAAAAGAAGAAAUAAACAGGACCUUC